AUGGAGUUUGGAGGCGCCUCGGGUACCUUGGUCGAAAGCCUCGCGCAGCAAGGUGCGAAGGCGCCUUCUAAGGAGAUGGAAAGUGCCUUGAACGCUGGAUGGAGGGCGCUCUCCAUGGAGCUUGGAGGCGCCUUCGGGUGGAUAAGCGGCACAGGCAGCGGAGGUUAUCGGCACCGCGGAAAUAAGGAUAGAACCUUGGCUGAAGGCACCUCCUAUGGAAUUACCAGUAGGCAUCUAACUGAGCACAACAACCAUGUUGUAGGAUAUGGUAAUAGAUCAAGCACAAGUAGCUUCACAUGUAGCUGGGGAAAUGGGAGAGAGGGUAAAAUGGAAUUUGAACAGAGUGCUGAGCCAAGUAGUCCAUCUGUGGCGACUGAGAAGCCUAGAGGGAAGCAAACAAAAGAGAGCAUCGACAUCAGAGCAACAAACAGCCACAGUGUUGCAGAAAGAGUAAGAAGAGAGAAGAUCAAUGAGAGGAUGAAGCUUCUGCAAGAUCUUGUUCCUGGCUGCAGCAAGAUCACAGGAAAGGCUAAUGCUCGAUGA